AUGCAAAAAGGAAGGGACAUGAAGCACACAGGAGUUUAUCGCGUGAGCGGCAAUAUCGGAGAUUUGCAGCUGGAACUGAAGCUCCGUCACAUCAGCGAAUGGCUGCCGGUGCCGAAAUUCGAGUAUGUGGGAGCCCAGGCGGCCAACGGACAUGGGCAGGGCCAUUAUCCCGGAUCGGAGGAGGAUUUCUGGCAGGACUGCUUCAUCCACGUGCCCCAGGGCGAUGAUUCGUACGGCGGAAAGAAUCGCCUGGGCUACUACUGCAGUUACUAUAAUGUGGGUUAUGCUGGAAAUGCUGGUCAGAUGGUGAGGCGACGCAGGAGUCCCUCAACCGAGGGACAGGAGGAGGAGGCGGCGGAGGAGGAGGAGGAGGAGGAGGGAGUGGAGGAAGUAGAGGUCCCAAGCCCCUCUGGCGGCGACCGCUUCUAUGAGAGAAACAAGGAGCUGUGCAGCGGGGCCAUCGCCACAUUGCGCAUCUCCUGGCAGCAGAAGCACUUCAGCCAGGCGGAACUGGAGCGCCACCUCCACGAUCCCGGUGGCUGCGCCUCGAAGCUCCAGCGACGCUACCACAACUGGGCCCUGGAAGCCCACGAGCUGCAGCUGCAGCAGAAUCAGCUCGAGGAUGGGGAUCCCGAACCCAUUAGAGUUCGCCGCCGGAUGCGGAAGUCGAAGCGCCGGCCGAGAAACUGCUCUGCCUUGGCCAACUGGACGGGCAACGGGCUGUCCUCGGCCAACAUGUCGGAUGUCUCGCUGCUCGACGAUCCCGACUUUGCGGCCCGCACCUGCCUCAUCCACACCCUGGUCGAUGGCGAUGCGGAGGAUGUGCUGCCCGCCGAGGCGGAGGAGCUGCAUCGGCAGGGCCUUCAGCUGAUGUACAUCUAUGCGGAUCUGCAGCAGGACACUCUGCUGGUCAGCCUGCGCUACGAUCCCGCCGAGGGUCUGCUCUACGUGUACCCCGACUUUAGCGGCAGUGCCCAGGAUCUGGACUAUGUGGUGCAGAUCGAGCGGGACAACGACUGCCGGCAGCUGUACGCCUUUGGCUUCGAGAAUGCCACGCCCCUGGUGAAGCUAAACGAAGGCGGCGGGAGUAUUCCGGAGGAGGAUCCUGAUCCUGAUCCUUAUCCCGAUUCUGAUCUCCCCGAAGAAGCCACGGCCUUGGAGAUCCUGGACUACUACCACCGCCGGCGGGCGGCGGCCAGCGAGCGGCGCAGUCUGCUGCAGUUCGAGAUGCCGCCGAAGCGGAUGAGGCGGAUCUGCCUGCUGCUGGAACUGCAGGAGGCCCAGCACUUCGAGUACCCCAACAUCCAUGUGCGCUACUAUCUGAGGCCGCCGGCGAAUACGAUCCAUGAGGGAUCGGACCUGCAGGGAGCCACGGCCACGUGCCGGAAUGCCGGCGACUUGAGGCUGGCCCGACUGGGUCACUGCUGGCAGGUGGAGCUGCUCUGCGAGGAGCAACACCGGCCGGAAGAUUUGCUGCACCUGUACUUCGAGGUCAUCAGCAUCGACGGCUGGCAGCGGGAGCGCUGCGAGGGCUAUGCCCACUAUGCCCUCUCGCUGACCUCCGCCUUGGCCAGGGACUCCGUUCGGCUGCAGUGCAUCCGGCCGGUGGGCAACUGGCUGGAUGCCCUCAAUCGCUACUUCAUCGGCGGCCGUCGCCUCUUCGACUUCGAGGCCUAUUUCGAUGUCCACCGCCAGUCGGAAGUGCACAGCCGCAUGGAUGCGAGGAAGGAGCGGGGUAUGACCACCACGGGAUCCCUGCUGCUCCGGCUGCAGAAGCUGCAGCAGCGGCAGGUGGACACCGCCGGCCAGCUGCACCACUUCCAUCUGGACCUCGGGGCGAACGGCGAGAGCAGCGAUGGCGACAGCGAUGAUGAGGCCAAGUCCGGCUCGAAGGCGGACACAUCCAGGGCCACCACCUUGGACGAGGUGAUGGCCGCCUUCGUGGAGGCCAGGGAGCGGAUCGAGCUGCUGCUGGGAGCCGCCAGUUGA